UUGUGGAGUGCCCAUGGCAUAUUAUCGACUGGAUGUACGCGACCCGCAUAGCAAUGUAUCCAUUUGCGUAGAGUCCGGCACGCGGUGGGCAUAGAUAUCGGCGCAUUAGAGAGCCCAAGUGCGUAAUCUCUUCGACUACAUAUACAAAUCUCAAUGGGCCGAGCUGCCAUAGGCCCGGAGCCACAGUAUUACUUGGAGCGUCUUACGCUUAACAUAUUUUUUAUUUAAUUCAAUUCAAUUCGAUACGAUUCGACCCGAUUGCUGGCUCUUGGCAGUUCAACGACAUGCUGGCCUGCAUCAUUCUGGUCAGCUGGCUGGCUCUGUUGUGGCUCUAUUUUCUGUGGAGUCGCAGACGAUACUACAAGGCGGCCUGGCAGCUGCCUGGGCCUGUGGGCUGGCCCUUCAUCGGCAUGGGCCUGCAAAUGAUGAAUCCGCAGACCUUUCUGCAGUACAUGGAUGGACUCUCGCAUAAGUACAAGGCGCCCUUCAUCUCCUGGAUGGGCACCAAUUGUUUUCUCUAUGUCAACGACCCACAGACCGUGGAGCAAAUCUUUAAUUCGACGCACUGCACCAACAAGGGCGAUUUCUAUCGCUUCAUGAGCUCGGCCAUUGGCGAUGGACUCUUCACAUCCAGCUCUCCACGCUGGCAAAAGCAUCGUCGACUCAUCAAUCCCGCCUUUGGUCGUCAGAUCUUAUGCAAUUUUCUGCCCAUUUUCAAUGCCGAGGCGGAUGUAUUGCUCGAGAAACUCGAUGUGGAGGGUGUGCAGAGCGGCAAAAGUCUCGAGAUCUAUGAAAUACUCAAGAAAAUUGUAUUGGAGGCUGCGUGUCAGACAACAAUGGGCAAGAGGAUGAAUUUUCAGCACGAUGGCUCCAAGGCCAUCUUUGAGGCAUAUAGUGGGAUUACGGAGGUGUGUGUGAAGCGCAUGCUGUCCCCCUGGCUCUAUCCGGAGCUCAUCUAUCGAUGGUCGCGACUUUUUGACCGGCAACAGAAGGUCGUUGGCGUGCUGUUUGGCUUUGUGGAGCAGCUGCUGCAGCCAGCUGUAUCUGUAGUGGGCGUGGAAGAUGCUGAUGCCAGCAAGCAGCUGGAGGAGGAACAGCAUCAGCAUCAGCAUCAACGACAGCAACAGCAGCAGCGUCGCAUCAAGUCCAAGUCGAUAUUCAUUGAACAGGUGCGGGAGCAUGUGGAACGAGGCCAGCAAAUGAGCUGGCAGGAUGUGCGAGACGAGGCAAAUGUAAUUAUUGCGGCGACAUUCGAGACUACCUCGACGGCCUUGUACUUCACCAUUCUCUGCCUGGCAAUGCAUCCGGAGUAUCAGGAGAAGCUGCACGACGAACUCUGCGCGGAGCUGCCGGAACACGGAGACAUUAGCAUAGAGCAGCUGGAGCGACUGAGCUACACCGAGAUGGCCAUCAACGAGUCGAUGCGUCUGUUUGCGCCCGUGCCCAUGGUGCUGCGACGUGCUGGACAGGACUUGGAGCUGAAGCGCGACGAUGGCGUCUACCUCAUACCGAGCGGCACGCAGAUCGGCAUCGACAUCUACAAUAUGCAGCGAGAUGUGCGCGUUUGGGGUCCUCUGGCCAGAACCUACAAUCCGGAGGCGCAUUUCGGCCCCGAUGCGCCCACACGUCACGCCUUCGCCUUUGUGCCCUUCACCAAGGGACUGCGCAUGUGCAUCGGCUAUCGCUAUGCGCUGUUGCUGAUGAAGCUGCUGCUGGCCAAGAUCUUUCGCUGUUAUCGCAUCAGCACUGCUGCACGGCUGGAGCAGCUGCUGGUCAAGGGCAACAUCUCACUGAAACUCAAGGAAUAUCCGCUGUGCCGCGUGGAGCGUCGGUAAUGCAUGUCCUCUGCCAUUUAUAAGUGCUGCGCAAUCUUCCAAUUAAAAAUGUAAUUUUUGUUUGUAAA